UAUUUUCCUUCAGAUGGCGGAAGUGUCACAUGGUUUGAACCUUCUCCAGUUAGGACAACAUCAAAUACAGCUGAAGUGCUCCCUCCUGGCAUUGUACUCGUUUAUGAAGGAUCUUCUGCCACACUGAACUGGAACUUCAGUCUGUCAGUAGGUCUAGGUCUUGGUUUUGUCAUAAAAUUCAACAGUAUUGGUAUAGUCAUCAUUAGAGCAGAUGGUUCAUCAGGUCCUAUUAGAGCUGAAUUUCAGAAACGGUUCAGCGUAAGCGCGACUUCACAAAGUACUUCUCUGUCAAUCUUUCCCAUCACUAUUGCUGACGAUAAGUCUAAUGGAGAAUUUAGCUGUGAGUUAAAUGAUGCCAACGCUGACACUUGGAAACGAGUAAUUCAGGUGCAAGUCAUAGGUAAGCUUGAAAGUGUUGCUGCAUGACUAUAAUAUAGGCGUACCCAAUCUGUACUGUUAUCUGGGUCUUGAUUAAGUGCAGUUUGAACUUGGACAAUUUCAAUUCUUAGCAAAAAAAAAUUCUACAUUUAUUUAUUUGUUGGAAACUGCAGUUAAAAUAAUAAUGUUUAGGUUAAGCUGACAAAAGAACUGAGAAAAAUUUAGUAGCCAUCUAAAGGUCCACUGAAUUUCAUAAGGCAGACAUUUCUGUGUUAUAUUAAAGCACUUGUAAUGGAUUAUAAUCCAGGGCCUGUUCUUUUAUAAUUUGCACUAUCAUAAAGUGUAAAUUUCAUUUGUAUGUGCAAGGUUUGUGAAGAACAUUUAAGUCACAUGUUAAGAGCAUUAUCACUUGCAUGUUGCUUAUAUGUGUACAUGCCACUCAAGCUUGUGAUUGUUUGAUUGCUCUUAGUUCCAAUAAAUAUCACGGGGAUUAGAGGUGAACCAACUGUUCUUGAUGGUGACAACUUGCAGUUAAUCUGUGAAGCAUGGAGUCAAAUAGAACCAAACAUCACUUGGACCAAAGAGAAGCCUGGGAACCAGGGAAAUACUGUUGUGGUGCAAGAAGGAAAGGUGCUGACUAUAAUAAACAUCAGCAGGAUUGAUGCAGGAAAUUAUACCUGUACAGCAUACAAUGGCUUUGGUAAACCAGAGAGCCGAACAGUUUAUGCAAAUGUUACUUGUGAGUACACAUUGAAAAAAACAUUGACUAAUGUUGAACAGAGAUGCACUUUCCUUCAAUCUAUAUUUUCUGUGCUAUAAUGUGUGAUGUCAAUUACAUGUAUUAAUGUUUGGCUAAGUACAUCCAUGCUGGGCUCCAAGCUCAAUUUUUCAAAAAAUUGCCCUUGGUGACCUUCAAUUGUAAAAUAAUCAACAUAAAACAACCAAAAAAAACUCACAUCAAUGGUAGUAUAUUUUGUGCAGCACUACACAAGUUAUUUUAAGUGAGUCAAAUGACACAACGCUUUCAUUUGUGAACUUGGUAUGUUCAUUCCCUUGCUGAUUAAAAGAUUGUAAUAAUGGCCAAGAGAGUGAGAAUAAAGAAACUCUGAUUUCUGGAAGCAGAAACGAUUUACCACAAAGUUGCCGAGACCCUAAGUAACAAAUCAUGUUUAAUGCAAUUUUGGUCUGUUGCUCAGCUGAGAAACAUCUCUUGUUUGUAGUGAGCUGAUAUAAUGCAGGUAUUAAAGCCUUCAAUAAUGUGAAUAACAUCUUUAAUCACUCUGGCCAAUUUCUAAAAUUGAAGGUUAGGUUAGGUGGCAUUGAAGGCUACUUUUCUCUUCUUUGGAACUGGCCCUCCAUCAAUUAUUUUACUAUUCACAACUUUAUAUAUAUAUGUGUAUAUAAUUAAAUACAAUAAUUCAUAAUUAAUUUAAUUCAUUGAUAAUUUAUUCAAGGAUCAAUAUAUUUGUCAUGUUUUUCCCUUUCUCUUUUUUUAUUCUGUUGGUGCCAAUUGACAACUUUUGUUGAAAUUUUAGUUGCGAAAUAUAUUUUUCACUCACCAUGGGGACCAAAAUGGUCACAGCUUGAAGCACUGCCAUGUUCUGGGAGGUGUUCACCUACCCCUGUAAAUGUAAACUCCUCUCAAAAUUAAGAUUAAAUGUUGUGUGAGGAGACUCUAGUGCUCCACUGUCAGUGUUAGCAAAUAUGUUCAAUUGAUGCUGAUUUGAAAAUCUUUAAUAAUCCAGUUCAACACACAUGGCAAGAUGUCAGCUCAAAGAUUUGAAAUAUCUCCUCAAUAGUUUUUUGAGUGUCAACCUGAAAAAGUUCUCUGGGAUCAAUACCAGUAUCUGAGCAACUGUCCACCUACCCCUCCCCUAACCCAACAUUAACCCUAACUUGUUAUCAAUUGACUGUUGUUGAGUUAGGGGAGGGGUUGGUGGGCAGUUGCCUAGAUACUGAUAUUGAUCCGUUCUCUGUUUAAUUAUUGGAUACUAUGAAACUUUGGUUACCAGUAUCUCAUUUAAUAUGCAUCUAUGAAUGGCGAGAAGAUCACCCAGUUAACAUCUAGAGAAUAGUAAUUUCAUUGAAACCACACCAUAGAAAUUAGGUAAUCAGACUAGGUAAAAAAUACCCUCUUGUAUUUGAGUGUACUGGUAGGGUUGGACCCCUUACAGUAGCUAUAUAUUGAAGACAAGUCAUGCAGAUGUACCUUUGUGCAGAUGCUUUUUUUUAAUCUGAAUUUUUGUUUUCCAAUUUGAUGUACAGAUCCACCAAAGAUUGUUGAUUUUCAACCUGAGUAUGUGGUUGGUGUACAACAAAGUCUAACUCUUAACUGUGAAGCGGAAGGAAACCCUCCUCCUUCCUACACUUGGACUCCAUGUGACCCAGAACAAGUUUGUGACAAGAACACUCUGGAUAUUUCACAACUUCUUAAUGAUGUCAACUAUACCUGCAGAGUGGUCAAUGUAUAUGGAAAUGAUUCAAAAACUGCCAAUGUUUGUAAGUCACAUAAACAUUGUAGUCAUGUAUCUAACAGCUGUAUCUUCGUACAAGACUACCAACAUGAUUGGGUUUUUCGAGUUGAACCAGGGGCUUAGCCUGCCAGGUUAUAAAAGCCCAAAUAGUGCCUUUACUUUGUCUUGAUGGAUACUUUCUGUUUUCUUAAAUAAUUACAAUGUACAUGUAAUACAUUGAUUAUGCUAUUACAUAUAAAAUGCAAAGGAAGCCAUAUGGUAAUUAAACUUCAGGUGGCUUAUACAGGAGCUGGAGGUGAGUAUCAAAAGAAGGGAAAAAAACUAUGGUCAGGGCUUCUGACAAGGUACAGGAAAAAUAGUAAUUGUGUAGGAGCUUUUGGGGGAAAAUUGAGAUGAGGCUUUAGUUCUUUCAUCUUUUGGUCAUUGUAAGCUGAAUUACUCAGGACCUACAUAUUUAACUGAAAGCAACAGACAUCUUAAUUGUCUCUGAGGUUAAAUAACCUUAGAACAGUCCUAAAUGUUUUGCAAAAUCCUAGUUUUCAACAGAAUUAACCUGUAUCAAUAAAAAUAUUCAGUACACCUUGUAGUAAUGAUUUGUCUCCUACUUCACAGACAUUGGAGGAAAUGUGAUUAACACAACUGUUGUCAUCACAAGUGAAAUAUGUAUAGAAGGAAAAUUCAAGCAAUCCUCAUUACUGGAGAAAUUAAAAGAACCAGUAAGUUAAUGUACAUAUAACUUGGAUAUUGCUGGCAAAGCUAUUAAAUAAACAUAUCCUAGUUCACAUUGGGUGAUUUUUAAGACAAAUAAGUGAAAUGCUUACUUGCAGCUUCUGGAGGCUUUUACUGGUAAACCUGGAUAUGAAGGAGUGAAGUUGAUAGGUGUGAGGUAUGUGAAUGAAUGGGAUUUAGAAAUUUUAUUAUUUGCUCUUUUGUUAUCUGUUUUACAUUUCAUGUCACUCUAACUCUCAGUUAAUGUCUUUCCCAAGGUGUGGAAGUCUCAUUGUUGAUCUUGCACUGAAAUUCAACUCCACAACAAAGGAACAAGAUGUUAUCAUAAUGCUUAAUGAUGUUUUGAAAGAUGGGAAGCUGGGAGAGUUCAGUGUUGUGGUCAUAAAAAAGAAAAGACCUGAUGUGGAACCAACAAGAGGAGGUGUCACAUCACCAUUUGAUGGGUCCUAUGGGGGUAAGUCCUUAUAACACUUCAUACAAAAGUUUUGCAAGCUGACUUAUGAAUGUUCUUGCACUGUACUUGGUUGUAAGCAUAUUUUUUUGGUGUGAAUAAAAUAUAUUAUUGAAAGUUACUGUGUAUAACUCAAAAUUGAUACUGUGGCAGGUUUAUACAGAGAUCUGAAAACUUGGCGUGUAAUGGUAAUGAUAACAUUGACAACCACAAUCAGCCUCAGUUUGAGCACGAAUGGGACAGUGUAUGCAUAAUGUGUGCACAUUUAUGUUUAACUUCUGCUUUUCAUCAACUUAACUUUUGAUUUCAAUGCAAACAUGUAACAAAUGGUCAGUACAGUUAUUUCCCUUUUUGUUACCUAAAUUCACUUUUGUUCAGUAGUUUUAGAACAUGAUUCGUUUACAUUUUUUUUUCUGAUAUGGUUAACAGGAAAAAAUAAUGUGUGGCCCACACGAAUCCAAAAAAAUAGCAGCUAUGCUUGUUUUCCUCAUAUUAAUUGAGUGUAUUUGUUGUAGAAUCUUCAGAGCUUCCUAGUGGGAUGAAAACAGGUAAAGCAUUCUUUAAUGACAAAUGCCGAACUUUGCAAUUGUCAAGCGACUAGUAAUUUAAUCCCAUUAAGUACUCUCUAAACACCUAUGACUUUAAGUUUCCUGAAAAUAGAAAAAGAAAACAAUUACCAGCCAACUGAAUCAAGCUCUAAUUUUUGAGUCCAAGGACACAAUUUUGCUUGUAUUACAUACCUUAAUACUCUUGCAUCUUUCUGGUUGAGGGAACAAUUUUGUAGCUUUACUUUUAAUAAGCUUUAAAUAUUUGUAAUGGUGACAGAUUUCAAUCAUGGAUUUCUUUUUUUUUCUGUUUCAUUUCAUCAUCAUGACAAACCCUGGCUGUGGAAAAAGGUGAGAUCUGGUUAUGCCUGACUUUAUGCACAAGUUUGUGGAUUAAUGAGUGGGCGGCUCUAUCUUGUUUUUGCUAUGAAUAACCAAUCAAAAGUUGUAGUUUAAAAGCUUUUAAAGAGGGCAGAGUGUUUGAUAUAUAUUAUCCUGUAUUUCUUUCAACCUUGCAUGAGCAGAUUUUGUAUCCCUAUAUUUUUCUUAACAAGAGAAUAAUUACACAUUGCAGCCUCUUUAGUUCUAUAUAUGUAAUGAAUUUUAAAACCAAAAUUCAUGGGAAGAAGAUAAAUUGAGUUCUGACUGAAUUUCAAAUGUUUCCUGACCAUAACAGGAGUGCAGAGGUAGAUUCUUUAUCAUAAGAUCAUUGAAAAAAAAUUAUCUGAAGCUUAUCAUGCAUUGUAGGUACCAUAGUUAUCAUUGUUGGUGCAGUGUUUGGAUCAGUUGCUGCACUGGCUGUUGCUGGAAUAUUAGUUUGGUGGACUUGCAGGAAAAAGAGGCGCAACACAAAUGGCACUAAAGGUAAGGUUGAUAAGUACACUCUCAAAUGAACACUAGUGUUGGCAUCCUAGAAAUAUAUCUUUAAUAUUUUUCCUUUCUUCUAGGACUAAGUUCAAUGUUCAGCUCACUAUCCACUGCAUUAUCAUCUUUGCUUGAGCAAUAUCUAUAUUUUUAAUAGAUAACUUUUAAAACAGUGUAUUGUAAACUAUAAUAAUUUGUCUUGUUGUUAUCUAUUUUGUGGUUAGCUAGUGACAGUUAAAAGACCUCACAUGACAUUGUACGCUUUUUAAGACUCAAUUUGAUGUACAUCAAACAGACUUUACUUUGAUUGUGACAGAAAAAUUUUGCUUAAUGUCAAUUAUUUAUUGUUUUGUUCUGUUUUGGUUUCAUUUUUAUUUUUCUGUUUUGUUUUGUUUUUUUUUUCACUACAGAGAUGGUGAUGAACCGAAGGUGAGAUUAUUCUAUCAAAAUGUUGCUGUCUACUUGUAUCGUUCCUUUAUGGUUUGGUCAUCAUAAUUUCAACACCACACUGUUUUUCAUGUGAAUGUUUGCAAUUGAUCCAAUUACCACUAACUUUAAGGCACUGACUUGCGCUGCAAGAGUGCCUUAAAUACACAGUACAGUGCCAUCAUACACUGUUGGACAAUGAAUGUAAUGGUUGUCACUUGUACAAUAACCGAAAUCUUAAUGAUCUGUAGAAAAGCUUAAAGAAAAAAGAACAAAAAAAUAAUUAAAAAAAAAAAAUAUAUAUAUAUAUAUAUAUAUAUAUAUAUAUAUAUGCAAGGUUGCCGCGUGUUGGUCCAGGCCAAAGUACCAGUGUUUUAGAUGUCCCUUAUUAGUUGAGUGAUCUUCCCUCGGUGAUCUCACUCUGACUCAUGAAUUAAGUGCUAUUAUUAUCAUUGUUAUUAUAAGUAAUGGCAAUAGGACUGAGCUGAGUCCAAUUUGGUCUGUAAUCCUGCGAGUGAUUUAAAGGAAUCAGACGACCACAGAGCAAGAGUCUGAUUUUUUAAUUACAAGUUAAUCAAAAGUAGGACAAAAUUUAAGAAACUAUGCAUUUUUAACUCGUGAAUUGUGCGCAUGUGCAGGAGCGAGUUAUAGAUACGAUGUGGGGAAUGGAAUUCGCUCGCUCGCUCGCUCGCUCGCUCGCUCGCUCGAUUGGUCGAUUGGUCGAUUCCUGUAAACUUUUUUUAGAUUUUAGGCUUUUGAGUGCAUUUUAUGGUUUUUGGCGAGCAGUAAACAGACGAAAUGGCGACCUUUGUUGCUAAGAAUAGUGGUGGGGUGAAAAAGAAGCCAAUGAUAAUCUUAAAAGAGUUUUUUUUUUUUCGUUUUAGUUUCAACAAGCGGCGCCAGCGACUGGCAGGCAUGCAAGGAUUCACACUGAAAUAACAGAACAACCUUCGUUUUUCAUAAAAUUGUAAUUUACAAUCCUUGAACUUGAAAACAAUCCGAAGAUUCAUUGAAAAUAUCACUUACUGCUAAGCGCUCGGAGUUUACAGAUGUUCAAAAGCUUUUUCUGUUAUAGCGUGAGAUUGAGGACAAAAUUGAUCAUUACGUUUCGUCGCGUGUGUUUUUCCUGUGUGAAGCAAGAUGCCGGCGACUGACGAAAUAACAAGUUAACACGAAAAUCAAAUAACACCUAAACAAACAAUUUUAGCUACCGAUUUUCAGUGAAUUUUUAAAGAACAAUUUUCUUUUAAGUUUCAAGACAAUUUGAAGAUUCAACAUACAUACAACGUACUAAAAUGCGGAAGUUACACACCACAAAAUUGAUAAAUAGGCCUGAAAUGAAAUUCUAUCUUGUUAUUGAUUAUACGUUGCCUAGCACGUGACUUAAAUCUACCCAGGCGGAGAUCCAAAAUGACGGUGGCAGGCUUGGCUUAGUUAUAUCACUCAAAACUCGUUCCCGUUUGUCUCAUUUGAUAAAGAGGGAAUCGUUAAUGUUUUCAUUAAGACAGUGUUGCCUUGAUUUUCUAAUAUUAACAACGAAAGACAGUAAAUUUCACUUUUCACCCACAUUUACUUCCAACCUUUUCUUUUGAACCAGAAACAAAAACAAUAGACGUUUAAAACACAUGACAUCAUCCACCUUGUCAAAUGUAAUAGCAUGAUCAUUUCAAUUGUAAUGCCUUCUUAUCCCAACGUUACUUUGUUUCUUUGCUACAUUAGCGAACACUGAACUACUGCUCGUACUCUAGAUAUGACAAUCAAUCACAAAAUUCCCUAAACCAAAUAACAUUAAACAUAAUCUAAAAAAUCAUGUGUCAAUUCACGAGUUUGCUCACAGAGCACUUUGAUAUUAGAAAUAAAAACAAAACAAAAAACAAUUGGUAACUUGGUGAAGUACACAACAACAGCGCAUGCACAUGAUGCGAACUAUCCAAUAACUCAGUCCAUUCACAAGCAUGACUUUUACACUGUCCUAUUAGUGCCCAAACUGGGGCUUGUGGUAACCAAUCACGUUUGUGAAUUUUAUAGUUUUGAUUGUUAUUAUUAUUAUUAUUAUUAUUAUUAUUACUAUUAUUAUCAGUCUUAUUACCCUUGUCAUUAUCAUUAUUAUCAUUAUCAUUGCUCCAAAAGUAUUCUCUUACAAUGCUGGUGACUGUUGAGGUAGUCUUUACGGUCGACCAAUUUGUUGAGCCUUCAGGGAGAAAUUUUUCUUAAUCUGACGAUAAUGCUGUUGUUGUUGACUAUAUAUGUAGAAGGUUCGUGCGAAUAAAGUCUGUUUUUCUGCGGUAGCAGAAAAACCACUCUGAGCACAUGAUACUUUUCUCCACUUCUUGUAACUGGGGGAAAGAAACUUUCAAUGCUCGAAUGCAGAGGAUGUGAAACCUUCUCUGGCUAUUUAAAUUAAACUUCCCUUAAGACAAUCACAUAUGAGAAGCUCAGGGCAAGUCUACUCUGCUUAUAUAGUCUGCCUGUAGAGGGAGGGUGCAGCUACAUGUAGGCUAUGACUGUAGCCGAGCCCAUAUCCAGUUUCCAGCUGCUAUUUUCACUGAACUAUGCUGUCUGGAAUGUUUUUCUAUUGUUUAGGAUUUUUCAGUUAGAGAGAAUUGGGUUGGUUGUGUAAUAUAUUUGAUUCCCUGUUUCAGAACAUUUGGAAAUUCAAGAAAUGAAACAAAAGUAAGUGCUAAUGUAGGUUGUGUGAUGAAAUUAAUUUAAUUCCUUCAUGUAAAGAUAUGUUUUCCUGUAGUCCUAGGUGUGUUUCGUUUUUACGUUGCUCUCUUUACUAAGAGUCUUCCCACUGUGGUUUACAGUUUACCUCAAUCCAGAAAGUUAUAUCUGGUACAGAUUUUAGGACGAUUAUUCAUUGGAAUUUUUAAAUAAGUCUAAGUAUAUAGUGGUCUAUUUUUCAUGAGAUAGCUGGUCUGAAGAUUUGAAAUAGUUUCCAAGCUCGUUGGGUAGUUUUAUCAUCUUUUAAUGAAUUGGAAACAAUUUUUUGUUUGAGAUUGCAGUCGAAUUGUCUGCUUGUAAACCUUCUCAAAGCCAUUACAUGGCACUGAAUGACAGAACUCGUUCAGAAGUAAUGGCAGAUGCCAGUCCUCUCGGCACUGAACAAAUCAGCGAGUACGCUUCUCUUAAUCCAUACACACGUUCCGGGAGACUCCAAGAGAACAUGUGACGAUGAAGCAGAUCGUUGGAAAAGGUGCUUUUGGUCAAGUUGCCAAGGCAACAGCUGUUAACCUACAUGGAAGAGCCAAGAAGACGCUCGUAGCAGUUAAAACGUUGAAAG